AUGGAUAGGACAAAAGAAACAAUUAUGAAGGCCUUUAAGGAGAAAGAAGAGAAAUACAAAGAAGUGUUUGAGAUCAUUGAUACGAGAUGGGAAUUGGUGAAUGAUUUGUUUGAAACUAUGGAGAGAUUGGUUUCAAGCACUGCUAAGCAAGAUAAAAUCACUACCCAACUCUUUAUAUAUCGAAAGACGGAAGGGCUAUUUGGGAGGAAUGUGGCAAUUAGACACAAAAGAGCAUUAUCUCCAGCAGAAUGGUGGGAAUGCUACGAAGCAAAUAUCCCAGAAUUGCAAAAGUUUGUUAUUAAAGUGCUUAGCCUCACUUGUAGUGCUUCCGGUUGUGAGUGUAAUUGGAGUGUGUUUGAGCAGAUUCAUAGCAAAAAAAGGAAUAGGCUAGCUCAGCAGCACUUAAAUGAUUUGGUAUUUGUGAAAUACAAUCGUGUCUUAAAACUUUGGUAUGAUGCGCGUGAUAAGAUUGACCCCAUCUCUUUGAUAGAUAUUGAUGACAAUAAUGAAUGUUGA